AUGCAAUCUCAUCUUGCAAAUCGUAUUUCACCUGGCGACCCAUGUCGUGUCUGCGGUUUCGAAAAAAAUACAGGCCGAAAUUUUGGUGUUAUUACUUGUUCGACGUGUAAAGCUUUUUUUCGACGAAAUGGUCGAGCUAGUUCCAUUUUACCACCUUGUCGUUUCGGUGGUCAUUGUCCAGUUAAUGAACGUACACGACGACAAUGUCCAGCUUGUCGUUUAGCAAAAUGUUUUGCGGUUGGUAUGCAAAAAGAUUUAAUACGAACGGAUGAAGAACGUGCUGCUCGUUUACAACUUGUUAAAGCAAAUCGUUUACAACGACAAGAAAAAAUUAUAAUAGGAUCAUUAUCAUCAUCAUCAUCACCAUUGCAAAAACAUAAUCGUCAUAUGUCACAUGAUUUAUCUGCAUUAAAUUAUCUUUCAAUUGAUAAAUGUUCAGCACCAUUAUCAUCAAAUGAUUGGAUACAAAUAACUAAUAUGCAAAGUGCAUAUGAUCAUUUUUGUUUACAUCCAAUAUUACAAGCUGAAGAACAACGAGAAGAAUAUCUAAGUGGACAACCAAUUAAAUGUCGAUUAAAAGAACAUACAUUUAUAAAUCUAUUAACUGUUCGUCUUACAUCAUUAGUAUCAUUUUUUUCGUGCAACAAUUCCAUCAUUUUCAAUGGAUAUGAAUAG